CGGGUAUUGAACACUGGAUUUUGUUUAUAUGAUCCCGUUUGUUUGUCUACUUGUCACUUAACCGGUAGCCAUUCAGACUUGCCAUCCACCAUGAAACGCGACAGUUCAGGAAACAACCAAGAUGGUCCUCCAAACAAAUUCCAGCGUUCGUCCGUUGAUCUGACGAAUGUCUCGAUUAGAUUUCUCAUUCCUGGACGAGCUGCAGGGAUUAUGAUUGGGAAGGGUGGGGAAAAUAUCAAGAAAAUCCGGUCACAGUAUAACGUCAAGCUGAAUAUUCCCGACAGCAGAGGCCCAGAACGGAUAAUGACCAUCGAAGGUGAUCUGCAGGCUAUCUGCAGUAUCAUGCGAGACGUCUGCCCGAAACUGAAGGACAUAAUGAAUGCAAAGCUUUCCGACCCGAAGCGCAUUAUGGGUACUCAGGCACUUCGUCGACGUGGAAGGCGCAGCGAGGAUCCUGAGCGGGAUGAAGAGGAGGACGAAAACAUGAUUGACUUCAGAAUCUUAGUACACGAGAGUCAAGCGGGCUCUGUGAUCGGGCGUGGAGGAGAACGUAUCAAAGACCUCCGUGAUAAAUUCAAAAUGCGCGUUAUCAAGGUCUACCAGAUGUUGGCUCCCUUAUCAACUGAUCGGGUAGUACAGAUGGUUGCUGACCCAGAUAAUGUCGUUCAGUGCCUGAAGGCUGUGAUAGAGGCAGUUGAGUCUGCCCCUCCUCGUGGUCGCCGGGAAGAUUACGAUGCUGCCAAUUUCAGCGAAAGUGAUGCUCUCAACUACGGUGGCUGGCUGUCCCGAGAAGCUGCUGCAGCGCUAGCUCAAGGGAUGCCACUUCGCGGUCCAGGAGGAAUGCCUCCGAUGGGCUACAACAUGGGAGGCCCAUACAUGAUGGGUGGUGGUGACAUGGGUCCUAUGGGUGGUGGAAUGGGCCCUAUGGGAGGAGGAAUGGGACCAGGUGGUGGCAUGAGUCCAAUGGGUGGUGGACCAGUUCAUGGAGGUCGGGGUCGAGGCCCUCGUUCAGGUGGCGGAAUGAUGGGCGGUAAUGCACCCCCUCCACAAAGCCAGCGAGGCAUGAUGGGUUCUUCAGGUCCAGCCCCAGUACCUCCUCCAGUCGGUCGUGGCGGCGCUAUGGGUCCACCAGGUGGAUACGGUGGUGCUGCAGAUGGGGGCUAUGGUGGUCCAGGUGGGUACGACGGACCCGGUGGAUUUGAUAAUGGAGGUUAUGGUGGUAUCGAUCAGGGAGCUCCAGGUGGAUUCGGUGGCCCAGGUUAUGGUGCGUCAGGAAACAUGUCCUCUGGUGGCUAUGGUGGCGCGGGAUACGGUGGAGGUGCGCGCGGAGCUAGCGACAUACCGGGUGGUCAGAGUGCUCCUUCUCGUGGUGGUACCUAUGGAGGGUAUGGCGGUAUGGGCUCUGGAGAGCAUGUUGGGGGCAAAGCCAAUCAGUGGUAUGGUGGAUGGUCCUGAACACUUAUCUGCAUUUAAUUUCAGUAAAAUUGUACUUGUUAAUAUAUGACAUCAACACUAACUCAUCUUAGUUCUUGCUGGCGAAGGGUUUAGGCUCAUCUACACGAAUAGGACCCACUAUCAAGUGGUAUAUUUGAUCUAUCAACUAUGCGCUAGACACUGAUUAGUUUAUCGAUCAGUAAAAUCGAUACCGAUUUGAAAAUACAAUAUUACAGAAAUGUCGACGAGGAUAAGUGAAUGGCUAGCAUACGAGCAGCACUACUUAUCAGAUGCCAAGUUCCAAGGAAGGAGUGCUCACAAACAUGUUUUCAGGCUUACGGGUAGGCUUAAAUUCCUGUUUGCAUUUAUGCACUAGGGGCUGCGCUUAUUUGUCUACAGACGGUUGAGCUAAUGAAGCGGGUGGUGACAGUCCACUUUGCAAGAAGACCUACUUGCUGCUUCGUAAGUUCUUUGUGUUACUGAACAUCCUGUAUAUGCUGACUGAAGUAUGCACAUGUUCCACGUUCCCAAACCACUUGUCGUAUCAUAACCUGUUCAGGUGAAAGGUUUAACUACUUUUCAAAUUUCUGUUCUAUGCUUGGCAUAGUGACUAGUAUUGUCACCAUUGAUUUACUCCAACUAGUCCAUCAUCAUCUUUACGGUCAGUCGUUUUCUGUCCACGUCUAAUUGUAUUGUGGUCCCAGUUUGCGAUUUCCUCUAUAUGUCCAGUUAGGGUUCAGUUCAUCUCGCCUGCAUGGGUAGGUUGGGGCUUAGGUGAAACUUACUGGGAACUGCUCGUAAAAUCUCUGCUCCUUCGAAAGUGGGUCGUAAGGGUGGCUGCGUGAGGGACGAAUGCAGACGUUGGACUGAGAAUAUUGGGUGUAGGUUUCGAUGACAUUGAUUGUGAAUAUAUGCAUUGUUGCUAACACCUCGCUUCAGGGCCGUAAAGCAACUGAGAAACGUGCAUUUGUCGACAAAAGGCUUCAACAGCUGUCCAUGCUCAGAUUUAUGCCAGUAGGUGCGGUGGUACUUUGAGACGUACCUGAAUUGUUCAAUAACCUUAUUAGCAUGUCCACCUUAAUGGAAAAAGCGGUUUUAGGGAUGCUUAGUAUUUUUGGUCAACGCGAACAGAUGCCCAGAAGAGGGCAGUUCGGUUGGUGUAUGACCUGCAUAAGCGGCGGUAGACUGAGGUAUUGUAUUUUACACAAGGAGAAAAUCCUGGUGUAUGUAUGUAUGAGUGAGAUAC